AUGUUUGAGAAAAACUUACAAAGUGGUGAGGGUAGUUGUGUGCAGUCUACCCAACAAUCAGAUAAAAAUGUGUACAUGGGAGUUGUUGGAGGAAAUAACAAGAAAAAGUGCAUAUUUAGAUUAGGAUCUCAAGCUGCUACUAUCAAAGAAUCUUUAAAAUCAACUUCUUAUAUAUCUACUGAUGUGUCAUCAGAUAAAAUUGUUGCUAUGGAAGCUAAGAUUGAAGCAUUAACGGUUGAAAUUGAGAAGAAGAGUCUUGAACAAGAACUGAUAAAACAAAAGAUGGGGCAUUGGGAGAGAAUGUUUGGAAGUUUUAUGCCUAAUACUAAUCAAAACUCUCUACUUCAACAAGAAGAAGGAGAAGGUGAUAAUGAAAAUGUUGAGAUGAGUGAUGAUGAACUUUAA